AUGCGACCGAGAGCUUACACUCCGAGAGCUCUCACAUCCGUUACCCGACUCUCACCGGGAUUACCCUGGACGAGCGAGGAAAAAAAGUCGCGAUCGGAGGGACCUGAUCCACACGAUCGAUUAAUCGAUUCAUCAACAAUCUGAUUCACCCAAGGACGAUCAUGAUACUCGCGAUUUUGUGCAGUCUCGUCGUCGGACGAGCCAUCGCUUCGCCGAUCGCCAACGUCUGGCUGAGUCCAAUACCGGCUCUUUCGCCAUUGAGACAGUUUCACAUGCAAGACGGAUCGGGGUCUUAUCAAUAUUCCUUCACGGGUCCCCAUCAUGCCAAAGCGGAAUCUACUUUGAACGGUGUAACGCAGGGUGGAUACUCCUACAUCGAUGCAAAUGGAAUUUUGCAAACGGUCUCAUACACGGCAGACGAUGAGAACGGAUUCAGGGUCAGCGCGAGCAAUUUACCGCAACCUCCAAAGGAUGAAUUGCAAACGAUACAAGACACGCCAGAAGUGGCCGCGGCGAAAAGGAAUCACCUCGAGGAAUUGCAAAAGUCGCAACAGGCCAAUUGGCAGGAUCAGAAUCUCUUGUCGUAUAAAAUCCUGCCGUCAUACUUCAGCUUCGCUCAAAUCCAGCAAGAUGGAAAUGGCAAAACUGGACUGAACUCGCAAGAAACGCAAAGCACUAAGAAUCCGUUCUUGCUGUCAAGAUCGGAGGCAGAAAGAAUCAAUGUCCCUAAGCCAGAUCCAAGUCUCUCGAAGAUAUCGCCUACGUCUUCGAGUCCCACCAUCAUCUCGUCACCCACUUCAGCAUCAUUAAAGGAAAGUACGCUUCUCAAGCGCGAUCAACAGGCGCAAACGUCUUCUAAUCAGAAUGCGUUGCAGCAUGCGGGAAAGUUUGUACCACUUGCCGCCAGUAUCCAGAGACCGGUAGCCAUGCCUACAUCCUACGUACUUCCGGUGGUGCCUUAUAGAUUUCUUCAUAGUUCGCUGCAUCAUACCCAGGACUCCCUGGGCCAAUAUGAUUACAGUUACACCGGGGACUCGAGCGCCAAAACCGAAUCCAGAUCGCUCGACGGUACCACUAGGGGAGCCUAUAGUUAUAUCGAUCCCAAUGGAAUUCUUCAGCAGGUGCAUUACGUUGCUGAUCAUAAUGGAUUUAGGGUCUUGGCAACUAAUCUGCCCGAAGCCAAAUGAUGAUGACAUAGGAAAUGUCCCGCGGGAUGUAAAAGCGUUCGUUUUCGGAAAAAAAAUGCGAUGUGUACGAGACGUCAAAAUAUUAAUACUUGUAAUUUCCACAUUACUAUAUUUUUUCACACUGAACUUUAAUCUUGUGAAAAAAUUUAUUUUUAAACUUGAGGUUUAUAAAAAAACUAAAAUAUUUCUAUAAAUUUCGAGCGUGUCAAAUAACUCAUUUCAAUAGAGAAAUAAAGCACGAAAAACUAAAUUGAUGUAGCUCAUGUAUGUAUUUAAAUAAUUUUAUUUUUAUAUAAAAAUUCUUUUUUAAAUUCAUCCACAGAUACAUUGCCUCGUAUAAUAAAUAUCGGUGUCGGGAAAGAUUUUCGAGAAAGAGUAAUACGCGAAUGCUUCUCGAGUUUGUUCGACAAUUAUUUUUGUGGAAAUGCGAAGGAAUAAACUUGAUUCGUAUUCGAAUAUCCUCUUAAAACUAACUUUAUUUUUUUUUGUAACGUUAAGUUAACUUCGUAAUUGGUUUAUUAUCAAAUAAAUUAUUUUACGAUAUUAUAGACAUUUUGAUCAUCCUUAAUUAAAACAUAAAUAAUAUCGUAUUUUUGUUAAUAGAU